AUGGCUGUCCGUGAGAAAAUGGUCAGCCCAUACUCUCGCCUCCCAAUGGAGGUGUUGAUUAUGAUUCUUCAACAAGCUCCAGACCUUUCAUCCACUUACGCGUUCAUCUGUGCAUCGUCGACAGCAAAGGCAACGUUUGAAAUCGACCCUGCUCGUAUCCUAGACGCUGUGCUAGAGCGCUCUACCCCUGAUAUCAAGCAUUUGGAGUUGACUGAAAAAUACAAAGCUCGACCUCUUGGUGAGACCACAAAAGAGUUUGCAGCUGGCACACAGGGACCUAGAUACGUGUUACUCACAGCAUACCGCAUCGAGAUUCUUCAAGAAAUGUGCUUGAUCACUCUUCUCCGCAACUUCCAUGAUCUGAUACAGGGUAACGAACGCGUGGAUGGAGAUCAGUCUAGCUAUGGUUUCUCUUCUCCUUCCUUUUGGCCUCCGUCAGUAGGUGAAAAAAUACGAGUUGUGACACUUCUUUGGAAAUUAAUGAUUAACUGGAAUAUCUGCACCAUCUGUGAGGACAUCAAGGGAAAAGUGGACGAUUGUUUGGAUCGAUAUAUCGCAAAAAUUAAGCAUUUAGACUCAACACUAGGACCGCGUGCUACGACCUACGACAGCGAUGAUAGUGACGACUCUUUGGACGACCUCUAUUUUGACCCCUACGAAUAUUGUGGUUUUAAAUGCGUGCUAGCAACGGUUCGGCAAUUUCUAGGCUGCGCGGACGAGUCCUUUGCGACAUUCACGUCAUUUUUCGGUCAAAUGGACUGUCCCAAGUUUCAGAUUCAAAAGGGGCCGUUUUCAACCAUGCGAAAAAAGAGCGUUUCAAUUAGCUGGAAAUUGAAAGAGCCCGCGCCACCAGUGGUGGGAGAACCGGAGUUUAGGGAAGAUCUUGCGAUGUCCUACUUUCUUGAACACUAUGGCAUCCGCUUUCAAAGCUGGUUUGGUAUUUGCAUCUGGGACUACACUCGGCUGGCUCACUUUCUAUCUUCAUUAGAGAGAUGCUCUUGGGCUCGGGAUUGGCGUUGCUACAUUUACUAA